CAUUUGGCGCUCUUUUUAGCUCCAACACGUCUCCGCUCGUCUGUGGCGUCGGGCGCGAAAGUGAGCAAAGACCCCCGUAAUGAAAUUGGUGGGAAGGGGGGCAGGAAAAGGGGCGUCUCUUCGUGCUAAUCAUAUCGAUCUUGCCGCGUGGCAGUGACUUCGAAGCAGGGAAAAAAGAAGGGGGGAAGGAAGAAGGCAGCAACACAAGGCCUAGGCGAUGGCAGCGACCAACGAAGAGCGGGCCGAGCGACUGGCGCGCCGGAGCUCGCGCCAAGCGCAGCCGAUCAGCACGUCGCAGACAAGCACAUCCAACGAAGCAGCGGCUUCAGGGACGAGGAACCGGUGGACUCAAGGGACCUCACCACCACCUUCGGAUGCAACGGUGCUCACCGUACUGCGACAGGGAGACGAACCGAUGCAGCAGACACACUUGGCAAUGAUCCGCUUGGUGCAGCAGCAAAUCGAAACGGUACAGCAGCAAACUGAAACAUUGAGUAGCUUGGUGCAGCAGCAAAACGAAAUAUUGCAGCAGCGAGCCGAAGCGUCAACCCGCUUGGUACAGCAGCAUGUCGAAACAUUGAGCCGAUUAAUGCAGCAUCAAGAAGAACACAGUACAGCGUGCACACAGCUGCGAGCGGAAAACGAGCACCGCUUCAUGUCCAUGCUCUCGGCAAUGUCCAGCAUACUCGAGGCACUGGGGCAGCGAGCGCAGGAAACACACAUGGUCAAUACCGCAAGGACGCCAUCUGAAGGCCACUCGCUCCAGCAGAAUGCGCGCUCCGAGCCACCACCUGUUGAUGAGCCAAUGGCAGCACCAAGCAGAAGCUGGGAUGAGCUCCAGCCGUUGGAGGGCGGCCCUGACAGCUACGAUGCAUUUGUCGACGGUACGGAUGCGCCAGGCCCGCCUCGCACCACGAGCAUACCUCUUGGUGAUGGCAAUCUGCCGGGGAGAGGUGCGGUUCCAUUGAGCGAAGAACAGGCACAAGUCUUCGGCGGGGAUGCACCCAGCAGUGAAGAUCGGCAAGCGUCAGCGUACCCCCAGACAUCGAACGAAAUUUCUGGAGAAGACGGCGGUGACGACGACGACGACGAAAUCUCGGACAACGACGCAGAGUUCACCAGCAGCGCCAAUGAUGACCAGAGCUUUGCCCAUAUGUUGCGUAUUUCCAACGAGGAGAAGACUGCGUUGCGGUUGAUCCGGGAGGAAUCGCGGCCAGACGCGCUUGCGCGCGUGAAAGAAGCUGUCCGUCCACAUGGGCACCGCUUGUACAUCCGUCGCACCAGGGGACGAAACAGCCCGUGCCUCAUGCUCUGCCACCGCGGUGGGGCCCGCGCGGGAAGGACAAGGACUAACAAAGGUUCAUGUCCUUUCUCGAUCACCCUUCAUCGCGCAGACUCUGUCUGGCGGGUGCACAUUGACAAUGCGUACCACGAGUCCAGCUUGUGCGGCCAAGCAGAUGUGCUUCACCCGCGCUUGAGCCUAUCGGAGCGUGACGAGAUCGAGCGGAUGGACGAAGCCGGAGUGAGACCGCAGCGCAUACGAGAGCUCGUCAAUCAAGCUCGUGAACAUCAGGGUAUCCCGCCGAUCCAGAAAGCCAAGACGUUCUCGAACGCUCUCGAACGCUAUCGCCGUCAGAGGCGGCUAGAGAAGAGCCAUGAUAUGGGGACAUUCAGCGGCGGUGCUGCCGCCAACCCGCAGACAUGACGUUGGAAGAAGGCUGGUGUUGCUGCUGCAAAUCCAAGAUGUACAUAAUUUCCUGUCGAUUGCACUCUGUAUCAUAAUUUAAACUUUGAAAGCUCGCCUGCAAGUUCCCGGGCGCUAUGAUUCGGG